CACUCACUUUCUCUCUCACUCACUCACUCACUCUCCCAAUCUCUCUCAGUCCGGUUUAAUACGGAUCAGUCUGACCUGAGCUCUACACAAUCUCAUCAUAUUUCAUUAUCAGAUUGUGUUUAACACUGAAGCGGAGCUGGCGUGCGUUUGGCGUUUGGAGAUCUCUGUGGACUCUAUGAUCGGACUGGAUCUGAUCUCAUGACUCUGGCGUGGAAUUCUGUUUUCACUCUGAAAACUGCUGCGUGGACAAAUGCAUACAAAUGCAUUUAGGAGCCCAACGGACAAGGAGUGGACGCGUUUCUCCCACAGACACAACGAGAUUCAUCGUCCUCCUCCUGUCGACAUGUGCUGCUCUCCUGUCUGCAGAAGAAUGUCCAAGAACUCAAGGUGUCGAUGUUAUUCAUCAGCUGGGCCUUUCCGGUCGCAGAGACACACAGACGUCCGAGACAGAUUACCUCACAUCUUUCACGUUAUCUCAAAGUGCUCUGCCCCCUGGUGUUGGGGUAACACUUGGACAAGAAACCCUCAUUGAAGCCCCAUUGAAUGGACUCCUUCCCGCAGGCGUGGAUGAGGAGUUUUCUGUCAUCGUGAGUUUACGCUCCUGGCGAGCGAGUAACGCUUUUCUUUUUACUGUGCGUGAUAACAAGGACAGACUGCGGUUCGGCUUACAGCUCCUACCCGGCAGGGUGGUCGUUCACACGGGAGAGAAAGCCUCUGUUUAUUUCAAGCAUGAGGUGCAGGAUGGACGGUGGCACUCUUUCUCGGUCGGUGUUCGGCCGCGCUCAGUGUCCUUCUUUGCUCGCUGCGGGGCCGUGCGGUACGACGAGGAAACGCUGACCCGGCCACAGACGCUGGAUUCUGAAGGGCGCCUUUCCGUGGGUAGGAUGGACUCACGGGCGCUUCAGUUUGAAGGAGCAUUGUGUCACCUGGACAUCUACCCCUGCGCUCAAGCUGCAGCGAACUACUGCGACUACGUUAAAAAACAGUGCAGACUGUCCGACACUUUCCGAUCCAUGCCACUGGAGUUCAUAUCUCCGUCAGUGUCACCUUCUCCAACUACACACACUCAGAGUUUCGACUCCACCUUUACUCCUCGCUCCACUGUGGUCACCAGCUCCAUGCCCGCUCCUUUCAUUGACCGUUUUUUCCAGACGUUACAUUCAAAUAGAGUUAGUCCAUCUCCAAACCCCCUUAGCCGGAUGCAGGGGACGACAGCGGAUACACCCAUAACUGACAAGAACCUAGAAGGUGAAAAUGACACAGAGAAUCAACAGCUUCAUAUACAGCCGAGUGGAACCAGAGUCACACCGGAUCUGGUCACCGUUCUCAGGCAGAGCCGUUUGAAACACGCCUUAAGAAAUGAUGGGGGAACCAACAAGGAGCUUUCUCAGAGCAAGCCGAAAGUGAACGGCACCAUCCUGUACCGUGUGGAGAGCAAUUAUAACCUGGUGGACUCAUCUGAGGAGCAACUGCACGACACUGGAUACUCAGAGGGUUACGGAUAUGACUAUGGCUUUGACGAAGACGAAUAUUUCUUCGACUACGAUGGAUUUGUUGGUCCUAAAGGAGAUCAAGGUCCUCAAGGUCCUCCUGGUCUACCAGGUUUACCUGGACCGCCUGGAAAGAGAGGACCACGAGGUCCUCCUGGUCCUCAUGGGAAUCCCGGGCUGCCUGGUUUACCUGGACUCAAGGGAGCAAAAGGAGAUCCUGGAUUGUCUCCAGGUCAGGCGCCAGCGGGCGAUCAGGGUGACCGAGGUCGAUCAGGUCCAGAGGGUCCUAAGGGUGAACAAGGUCUGAAGGGACUCAAAGGCUAUCCAGGACCAGCAGGUCUGCCCGGAGAACAGGGUUUACCAGGACUGCCGGGUGUAGCUGGAGCGGCAGGUUACCCUGGCAGGCAGGGUUUGGCCGGACCUGAGGGAAACCCAGGACCCAAAGGUGUCAAUGGCUUCAUCGGACCUCCAGGAGUUGCAGGACCACCAGGAUUGGAGGGAGAGAGAGGAAUUCCAGGUCCUGCGGGAAUCAAGGGUCCUAAAGGAAGACAGGGUGUUGUGGGUGAGGCGGGUGAGAGAGGACCACCUGGACCGGACGGAAAUGAGGGUCCUGUUGGAGGAACUGGCAGCAGAGGUUUUCCUGGUCUCCGAGGUGAUGUUGGACCUGAGGGACCUCGUGGAUUUCCAGGAAUUGGGGGACCUCAGGGCUUGAGUGGAGGGGCGGGGCCACCUGGAAUGAAAGGUGAUAAGGGGGAACCUGGAUUAAGGGGUGAACCAGGAGAAAUGGGUUACCAUGGCGACAAGGGAACGGCUGGGAAUCCCGGACCACCAGGACCUCGAGGAAAACCAGGUCCACCUGGGAAAAUGGGUGAACGGGGAUCACAGGGACCUCCAGGGCCACCGGGACCCGAGGGUUUUCCAGGAGACAUCGGAGCACCAGGGCCAAACGGGCCCCUGGGACCAAAGGGUAUUCAAGGAGACAGAGGUCCCCAGGGACCACCAGGGCCAAAAGGAACAGAGGGAGAUGAAGGCCCUCCAGGCCCACCUGGAAAUCCUGGUCCCACUGGCAGACACGGUCGGAAAGGUUUGAUUGGAGAACCCGGACUUGAAGGUUUGAAGGGAGAAGUCGGUGAUCUCGGAAUUGUUGGGAAAAUUGGCCCACCUGGUCCAGUGGGGUUGCCUGGGACAACAGGAGUGACCGGACAACCUGGAGAAAAGGGAGAGCGAGGUCCUCCUGGUGCUUUAGGUCCUCCAGGAGAGAAAGGAUCAAUGGGAUAUCCAGGUCUUCCGGGAGGUCCUGGGGAUUUUGGCCCACAAGGCCCACCAGGUCCUCAAGGGCAGAGAGGAACAGCAGGUGGUUCUGGACCAAAAGGACGAAGGGGUCCGAGAGGAGCGGACGGUCCUUUAGGUGAACCCGGCCCUGAGGGCGUAAAGGGUGAGAAAGGAUCUCCAGGCGAUAAAGGAGCUCCAGGGUUAAUCGGUAAAGCUGGAAGUCCAGGGAAGAGAGGACCACCAGGACCAUCAGGUAACGCAGGUCCAGCGGGCGGCUCAGGUGACAGAGGUCCUCCAGGUGAACCUGGUUCCAGAGGCCCUCCAGGAGAUACAGGACCAGAUGGAGAGCAGGGUCAUGAGGGACCUCCAGGACCUGAAGGAGAGCAGGGGCCUGUGGGUGAACCUGGAGUCAAGGGUGAAAUUGGACCUGUUGGAGAAGAAGGUGAACAGGGUCAACUUGGCAUCAGAGGUCCUCCAGGACCACCUGGGGAGGAUGGACAUCAGGGAAAAGAUGGGCCGAAGGGUGAUUCAGGUGACCGUGGACGUGUGGGAGAAGGUGGAGAAAGAGGCGAGAUUGGCGACUCUGGACCCCCAGGACCUCCUGGAGAUCCUGGUAAAAAAGGCUUUCCAGGACCUGAAGGAAAACAGGGUCCACCUGGCAACCGCGGUCGUCCAGGAAAGAAGGGUGAGAAAGGCUCGGGGGGUCACCUGGGAGAAAUGGGCUCAUCCGGUGAGAUCGGACAGACGGGUGAACGAGGUCUCAAAGGUGCUCGAGGAACCAGAGGACCUGCAGGUUUACCUGGCGCUAUGGGACCUCAGGGAGAACCAGGCUUGGACGGUUACACGGGUCAUGCUGGCAAGCCAGGUCCUGCAGGCCCCCCGGGACCAAAGGGAGAAAAGGGUUAUCCAGGUGAAGACAGUACGAUCGCAGGACCUCCUGGGCCCUUAGGUGAACCAGGAGCUCCAGGAGAGAAAGGUGACCGUGGAGAACCAGGAGAUCAUGGAUAUCAGGGUCACGUGGGCAUCGCUGGGGUUCGAGGAGCACCCGGUCAGCAGGGAUCUCCUGGAUCUCCUGGUUUACCUGGUCAAGAAGGACCCAAUGGUGAGAAAGGAAAACAGGGGCCUGCUGGUAAGAAAGGAUCCCGAGGUCUUCCUGGAGCACCAGGUCUGGAGGGUCCUGUGGGUUCGCCUGGACCAAGGGGGAUGCUGGGGUACCCGGGAUCCGACGGGCUUUCUGGUCUUCCCGGAUUACCAGGUGUCCCUGGAUCUAAAGGGCGUACGGGUCAGCGUGGUGAUACAGGUCAAGAGGGGAGGGCGGGACUACCUGGUCUACGAGGACAACUUGGACUUCCUGGUGUUGUGGGAGAGAGAGGACCUGUGGGGUUAAAGGGUGAGAUGGGUUUACCCGGUGACAGAGGAGCAGCGGGCAUAAGAGGCAUGGAAGGGGCGACGGGAGACCAGGGCAUAAAAGGAGACCAAGGAGCCAAAGGAGAGACAGGUGAUGUGGGUGAUCCUGGUAUGAUUGGACUCCAGGGAUUUUCAGGACCUAAGGGUCCAGACGGAGAUCUGGGCCUGGCCGGUGGUCCUGGACCCAAAGGGCCAAUGGGGGUUCUGGGUUUCUCGGGUCCUGUAGGUCCGGCAGGAAUGAUCGGUCCGGUCGGAAAGCCUGGCCUCCGAGGUCUGAAGGGAAGUCGUGGUGAGAUGGGACCUCAGGGACCACAGGGCAGUCCAGGGCCGCAGGGACCUCCAGGUUUACCCGGACCAUCGAGACGCAUCAAUGUGAACAUUCAGGGUCUGAUGGAGUCUGAUGCUUUCCUGCAUCUGGAGAGUUAUCAAAACACAGAUGCGUCUCUGAUGGACCAGAACGCUGAGAUCUUCAAAACCCUUCAGUAUCUAACCGGCGUCCUGACCAGCAUUAAAACUCCAGUGGGUACGCGAGAAAACCCCGCUCGCGUCUGUAAAGAUCUGCUGGAGUGUCAGAACAAGAUGAGUGAUGGAAUGUUCUGGAUCGAUCCAAACUUGGGUUGCACAUCUGAUGCUAUCCAGGUGUUUUGUAAUUUCACUGCAGGUGGCCAAACUUGCCUGCAACCUGUUACUACAGAUAAGACAGUGUUUAAUGUUGGAAAAGUCCAGAUGAAGUUUUUACAUUUGUUGAGCAUCACGGCCACCCAGACCAUCACCGUCCACUGCUACAAUGACCCAGCGACUGUUGUCAUGGAGACACCGCAUCUCCUGCGCUUCUGGGGUUGGAACGGUCACGUGUUUGAGGAACAUUCACCUCUGAGACCUCAUGUACUUCUGGAUAACUGUAAGAUUCGUGAUGGUAACUGGCAUCAGUCCCGCUUCAUGUUUAAGACUCAGGACACAUAUCAGCUUCCCAUCUUGAACAUACAAGGUGCCGAUCCCUCGCAUCCAUCAGACCAGCGACACUUGGAGAUCGGCCCUGUUUGCUUCCUGUGAAGGACUUGUGCUUUACACAUUAAAUCAGAUCAUUGGUAAAAUGGGCGACACUGCAUUUUCUCCCACAGGUCCUGUGAAGUCUCACCUUUCAUUGAAAGAACAAACGCUGUUAUGAGCUUGAGUUCUUCUGGAGCCCAAGACAUGGAUUGAGAGACUGAUGCUGUGACUUAUCCAUUAAAGGUGCAGUGUGUAGAUUUAAGCGGCAUCUAGUGGUGAGACUGAGAAUUGCAAUCAAUGGCUCAGUCCACAGCUCACCCUUCCCUUUUGAAACGCAUAGAGAAGCUACGGUAGCCACUAUGGGACAAACACGUCAUCGUCUGAGUCAACAUUAAUGUCUAUUUAGGGCUACUGUAGUAACAUGGCGGUGCAAAAUGGCGACUUCCAUGUAAGGGGACCCACAGUAAGGUAUCCAUUAUGGUAAUAAAAACAUAAAGUUAAUUAUGUACGGCCUUUAUACACCACUGAAAAUAUAGUAAUGCAUAUUAUAUUGCAUUUCUGUCAAUAGAUCCUCCUAAAAUGUACAUAUUGCACCUUUAAGUAGCGUGUUAUGGUUUAGUGUGUCAUGUGGCAUCAAGGCAAAAAUCUCCUGUGCCUUUCGCACACAAGCAAUCCUAAACGUGCAAUACCUUUUGGAUUGAGUGUUAGAUCUCAAGAUAUUGAUUUACAAUGUAAACAAGGUUUUUCGAAUGAUGAACAACGAAAAGCUGAACGUGGACUUGUACCUCUUAUUUUAGAUGGUGCUCUACCUCCUUCAUAUACAGGUGCUUGUGUUUGGGCGCGUUAAGGCCCGAAACAUACUCUACGUUAUACAUUAAUAAUCAAGUUUCAUUAUGUGUGUCCUCACAAUAUGUACCUUGUCAAACCACAGUUGAUAACGCAACGAAAUGUAGAACAAUUGCUAAAAUCUGUUGUCUUCUUUCUCUCAGGUUAUAGUGAAUCAACAGUUUGAAGAAAAUCUUGCUGAGCAAGUUAUAAAGUGUGCAUAUAUCUACCUAGCUAAAAAGAAUUAUAUAUGGUUUUAAUGGCACAUAAAUGCUCUUAAGGUUUGCAAAGUGCAGAUAAAAUAAUAAUGCAGUCAUGUCUUUGACAUCUGUCUCGUCGUACAGUAUGUUUCAGGCCUUGAGGUGUUUGUUUGUGCCGGCUUCUUUUGCAUUUGAUCGAAACGAACCUUAUUUAUAUGAACAGUGUGUUGAUAAAUUAUGUUAUACAUUGGCUUUAUAAACUUCUUUAAGGAGAACGCCCGCUCGUGACCCAUUAAAGAAGACACUUCACGAGUAUCUCACUUGAUGAAAGUACAGAAGUGGGGGAUUUUCAGAUUGUGAACGAGUGUCACGUUUCAUCAUUUGAAACCAAAUGAAAUGUUCAAGUGUGCAUGUAAUGAAAAAUCUCUGUUGUGAGAUAAUCGUAACAUCUGGCCGGGUCGAGCGACUUCUUCAUGGUGCUGCAGACAGUAUUCAGCAAUCAUUUUAUUUUUCCUCUUUGUGUAUAUUUUGACAUUUAUAUUGGUUAUUUAUGUUAACUUUUUAUCAAAAUACUGUACUCCAAUAAAUUAUCUCUCAGAGAUCGUUCUGGUCACUUACCAUUUAUUUCCAUUUUUAUUUAUGUCAAAAUUGUAUUUGUAUAUAAACACAAAUAAUUGCAUUUGUUGUGUUCUGGCAGCUGUGAUUGGCCAGAUGUGAUCACACAGAGGAAGUAACGCUUGUUAACUUAUGAUUACAGUACAGAAACUGUCAAUAAAUGUGCUUAAAACAAAACACAAGACAAAAUGUAAAUAUUAAAUAUUUUGACAUUAAAUAAAAGCUAUGUUUUAAUCCCAA